AUUUUGGAUUUUAGGGAGGUUGGUUUGUCUGGAAUUUGGUUUGCAGAGGAUCAAUGGUGGGGAAUUAAUUUAACAAGUUGGAGUUUGUGUACCUAGUUUUGCUUCUAUGGAUUGGUUGUGCUGUUUUGGUUCUUCUAAGAAUUUGCAGGGUAUAUUUAAUUCCCUGUUGUGAUUCAAAACGAAACUGCUUGAUGUACUCAGAGAUCUGCGUUAUUACGUUGUUCCGCACGACCCACUGCUCAAAGACGCAAGAUGAAAAUAUGCAUUCAUCAUCCAGCUCUGGUAAAGGAAAAAGCCAUGAGGGUUUAAUCAAGUAUGGGUUUAGCCUAGUAAAAGGGAAAGCUAAUCAUCCAAUGGAGGAUUAUCAUGUUGCCAAGUUUGUGCAGCUUCAAGGACAUGAAUUAGGGCUUUUUGCUAUUUAUGAUGGUCAUUUGGGAGAUGGUGUGCCCGCAUACCUACAAAAACAUUUGUUUUCCAAUAUCCUAAAGGAGGAAGAGUUCUGGGUUGACCCCAAUAGAUCUAUCUCAAAGGCAUAUGAGAGGACAGACCAGGCAAUUCUCUCUCAUAGUUCUGACUUGGGGAGAGGUGGGUCAACAGCUGUAACAGCAAUUUUGAUAAAUGGCCAAAGAUUAUGGGUAGCAAAUGUUGGAGAUUCUAGAGCAGUAAUUUCAAGAGGAGGUCAAGCACUUCAAAUGACUACAGAUCAUGAACCUAACACUGAACGAGGCAGCAUAGAGCACAGGGGUGGCUUUGUUUCAAACAUGCCAGGAGAUGUCCCCAGAGUCAAUGGGCAGCUGGCAGUUUCUCGUGCGUUUGGUGACAAGAGCCUUAAAUCACAUCUGCGAUCAGACCCUGACAUACAAGAAAUUAACAUAGGGGACAAUGUAGAAUUCUUAAUCCUUGCAAGUGAUGGUCUUUGGAAGGUUGUGUCAAAUCAAGAGGCAGUUGAUAUUGCAAGACGGAUUAGAGACCCGCAGAAAGCAGCUAAGCAGUUAACCGCUGAGGCAUUGAAAAGAGAGAGUAAAGAUGACAUCUCUUGUGUUGUUGUUAGAUUUAGGGGGUAAAGCAUUUUGAACACUAUCGAUAUCCAGAUGCCGCCUAUAUACCUAUUAUGGAAGUUCCUUCACACUGGUUGCUGAUGUUGUGGAUUAGACGAAAGACAAUAUACAUACUUGGUUGGGGUAGCAGUUAAGGGUCUGAGUAGCUUGUACUUUGCCAAAGGGAUGAACGGAAGGGUUCCCCACCCUUUUGUAAAUUUAUUUUAUUGAUUAGGUUUUGGUGUUUGAUAUUGUUUGAUUUCUUUAUGAAAUUGAAUUAGAAAUCUUAUGUUCAUUGUCUUCUUA